UCAGUAUGUAAAAAUUAGUACAUAAGAUUCCCCACCAUUUACAACUCGUGCAACGUGUUCAUGGUUUAACCAAACAAUGCACAAGUGUUUUGAGUCUGCUUAGGUCGAACGCAAUCCAACAUGCCUGAACAAGAGGAGAUAAAGCAACAAUUAAAACGGUUGUUAGUGUUAAAACGUAGCGGGGAAUUGGACACUGAUGAGAAACUAUCAAACCCAGAAGAUAAAUGUUUCUGGCGGGAUUCUGUUACCUAUGAUACUCUGGAACACUGGGUGCAACAUCACGACGAAGAAAUCAAAUUGAAUGCACUUGCACUUGUAACAGAAUCGAAGAAAAGUACUUUGAAAUUCAUGCCCAAAGAACUGGAUAUAAUUGUUUUAUUUUUACGUGUUAAUUUUAAGGAGAAACUAGAGUUUGUGCCCCUAAUAAAAAAGGCUUUGAAGAGAAUGAAGGAUAGCUUAGCUGUUAUGAGACGGCAAUGUUCUCAAGAAGAAAAAAUGAGGAAACAUUAUAAGAAGAAAUGCAACCCAUUGGAAAUAAAUCAAAAAGUGUUAGAUUUGUCACGUGCAAUAUCUAAUACAUUGGAAGAGGAUAUAGAUACAUACUGCAAUGUUUUUGAAUCACUGCGCAACAUGUGCAUAUGUGGGCCUGAUGGAACAUAUUUUAGAAGACGCUCUUAAGAGCAAGUGAAAGCCUUGUUUGAUUUAUUGAUUUUGGACACGUACGAAGUUAAUAAAGAAAUGGCUUUUAAUUUAAUAAAGUCAGUAGAUCGAACUUUGUUACAGCUAGAUAAUAAAAGUAAUGUUGUUGAUCUUGUUACAGUUGCUAUAGACCUAGGUAACAGUAUCAGACCUAUUGAUAGCAUUACAUCUGCAUACAUGUUAAGAGUCUGCAUGUUAUCACCUAUUAUACAGAGUGUUCUUGACACUUUAUUUGGUGUAACAAAGUGGUCUGAAAAUGUGGCAGAAGCUGUGGUGUUGCAAUUCAUACUAAUUCUGCUGAAAAGAUUAAAGGAGUCCUUAAUUCUGGCAAGGGAAAAUAUAGUAAUGACAGUAACCAAGCAUUCUUUGUACGGUUACCUUUUCUGCAUUAGAAGUUUACUACACGAAUGCAAUUUAAAGAAAGCAGGGAAUGAACUUUUAUGGGAAGAUACUAUAGCAGAACUUGUAUCAGUCUGCUUUGAAUUCAAUGAUGCAGUGUCUUUGAUAGUUAACAAUUCUUCACCAGAAGGUCAUCUACCAAUGGACCUUAACUUACAAACUAUGCAGGAAAUAUGUGGUUCGUCGCUUGAAAAACAAGUGGUAACACCGCAAAUGGUACUCCUCUGUUCUUGGCACACUGUAAAGGAAGUUAGCCUACUCUUUGGGUUUCUUGCUACUAAAGCACCUAUAUGUGAAGAUGCAUUUUCUGCCGGACUUUUGAACGAAGAGCAAAUCAUUAGGAUAGGAGAACAUAUGGUAACUUUGCUUACUGAAACAAAGCACAGAGGAGCAUUUGAACAAGCGUACGUAGGCUUUAGUCAGCUCUGUAGUCGUCUUUGGCGUUCAAAUAAGGACAGUCUCAACGAGCUGCCGAGAAUGUGGUUGCACCAGAUUUUGAUUGCAAUCACAGGAAUUAAAGAAGAGAACUCAAAAUUAUGUGCAACACGAAGAAGUGCAGGUGUACCACUUAUGAUACAGGCAUUACUAUCAACAGAGCCCCGACAACAUAAAGAUACAAAGACCACUACCUUUGAUUCUGUGAUGAAAAUUUUGUUAGGAUUUAUGCAAUUCGAGAGCGGAGAUCUGUGGAAGAAUAUAAAACAUCUUCUGUAUACGGACACAGUAUUCUCAGAAUAUGAAGACACAUACGAAUCCUUAACUACUGAUGAUGGCCAUCAUGUAGAGGGAAAUAGCGCUAAACUUACAGAGAUUAAAACUCAUGCUUUGAAUAUUUUAAGAGCAAUUUUUCGACACUCUCAUCUCGCAGAAAUAGUAAAUAAUUAUGUAGCAGAUGGUUUGAUAGCGGCAUUCAAGAGCUAUGACGCUUUAACAUGGGCGGAAAGAAAUGCGGCAACAUUACUAUUUAGCGCACUCAUCAUUAGAAUCUUUGGUGUUCAAAGGACUAAAGAUCAUAUCAAUCUCACAACAGAUAAUAAAAUGAAUUACAGAAUAUUUUUUGAAAAGUAUCCUUACUUGUUGCCUUUUAUAUUGGACGAGUUGCAAUCAUUUGUAGUAAUGAAUGAUGCUAUCAUAAAGACAAAUGUACAAUCUAUUUUAUUCCUACUGUCACGGUUAUACCUCAGUCAUAGCUGUGAAUCUACUGAUAUACAGUACAAGGUCAGUAAUCUUGUUGGGCUAGUUAUGCAAUGUGCUAAAAGUGAAGUAUAUGAAACCCGAAAAUUAGCAGCCAGAGCACUUGUAGCGUUAUUGACAGAACAAUCUGUGGGGAAUGUUUUAAUGGAAAUAACAGAGUAUGUAAUAUCUGCUGAAAAGAGCCAGCAAUCUUUAAAUUUAAUACAUGGAUAUAUGUUGCAGAUAUUUGAAAUAUUAAAUCACUUUAAUCGCGAACAAGGUCAACCAUUUGGUAUAGAUUGGAGUAGAUUUGUAAAGAGAACCACUUGGAUUUUAGAAAAUUUGGAACGUGAAAAUUCAAAUACUCCUUGUUUCCUACUGGGUACAGUUUAUGUUAAUGUCUGCAAUGAAAUAUGUAAAGUGGAUAAAAUGUAUUUGACAGAACAAGUUCCUAUGUUGUGCAUGCAGGUGUCACAUUUAAUAGACUACAAGAGACUAAAGAAAGGACCUGCACGUGAAGAUUAUAAAUUGUCUGUUAUAAAGUUUGUACGAUCUGUAGCCAAGGAAACGUCAUUGAUUCAACAAUGUAUACCAAUCAGAAUAUAUUUACAUUGUUUAACAACUCCGGAAACGCAAAUUGUUUCGUGGUCUACUGUUGUAGACGUCAUUAACGAAGUGACACACAAUGAUGCAUCGGUACUAUUGCUACAUUAUGGCGUUGAUGUAAUCUGUAAUUCGAUACAAGACCUCUACCAAUAUAGUCCGGAACUGCAAGAUGCAAUGUUCAAUUUCCUUUACAACAGCUUAAUGCAUCUCAAUUAUUUCGGAUCAUCGAGCUAUUCUAAAAGAACAGAUGUCUGCAAUUUCGUAUUGAAUAAAUUACGAUUCGACGAAAAUAAAAACAGUUACUCCGAAAGGGAUUCUUAUUUGAGAUUACUCGGAAAAUCCUACGUGGUUUUCGUAGCCUCUUUAAACGAUAAGGGAAUUAACUUAGAAUGCACCGACGAUGUGUACAAUAGCUUUUGCGAUAAUUUCUGGAUCGCAUCUUUAAAUGCCGAUUUCAGAACAUCGGUACUAGAAAUAAUGCAGGACUUUUUUUUGUUAUGUUGUAAACGCGACGAAGGUUGUUUUGCACAGGUUCAAUGGUGGACAACAGUACUACAAUUAUUACUCGACAACAGUUCGCAAAUACGGCACGAAGCGUUCGAAUUAAUUGAUCAGAUUCCAGUAAAUUGUUCCUUACCUGGUGAAUCUUCUUAUUUGCAUUUGUUUCUUUCAAAAUUUCACACGUGUAUGCAUCAAAAAGAUCCUGGACUUCUGUGUACUGUUCUCUUUUAUUGGAGUACUUCACUGCUGGAUGACGUAGACUACGAAAUGGAUGAGACAGAUGUAUUUAAUAAGUGUACAAAUUACGAUUUCUUUGAACCCGUUGAAGUAUCAAGGAUUUGUGCUAAAUUCUUAACAGAUCAUUUGAAAUCUUUUGUGGACAAUGUAUUAUCAGACGACGUUAUAAACUGGAUAAGUUCCCGCAUAAAUAUCGACUUUCCAAAGACAGUGUCUUUUAGGACAUUUUUGAAAUAUUACGAAAAUCACAUUGCUUCCUUUGAAAAUGGGCUGUACGAUAUUUUAGACCCGACAUAUAAACAUAAAUUAUUGCAAAUUCUAGCAUACAGACAAUACAAAGAAGUAUUAUAG